CAUCCCUCCGUGCCUCGGUGCCGGCGCGGCGCAGGGCAGGGCGGCGAUGUGGCGGUGGCGCUAUGUGAGCGGCCGGCAGCUGCACGGCUUCCGACACUACAAGUACAGUGCUGUGGAUACAAAUCCUUUAUCUGUGUAUAUUAUGCAACCCAUCUGGAAUAAAAUUAUUAAGGUAGUGCCUUUGUGGAUUGCUCCCAACCUGUUAACAUUCUCUGGAUUUAUCAUGAUUUUAUUUAAUUAUUUUCUAAUAUCUUUUUAUGACUGGGACUACACUGCCUCAGGUACCAGUCCUGGACUUGUUCCCACCUGGGUGUGGCUGUUCAGUGCUUUUACCACCUUUUGUGCUUAUGCUUUAGACUCCAUAGAUGGGAAACAUGCUCGAAGAACUCAGUCCAGUAGUCCUCUGGGAGAACUAUUUGACCAUGGGCUGGAUAGCUGGGCUACCUCCAUUUUUGUGCUUUCUUUUUUUUCUGUCUGUUCCCGUGACAAUGGGAAGACUGGAGUUUCUGUAUAUACAAUGUAUAUAUAUUUAAGCAUUGUCUUGUUUAACUUCAUGUGUUCACAUUGGGAGAAAUAUAACACAGGAGUUCUUUUUCUUCCUUGGGGAUAUGAUAUAAGCCAAGUGGUAUUAAUAGCAGCAUAUCUGCUCACUGGUACUGUUGGUGUGGAGGUCUGGCAGAAGCCUUUGGUGUUUGGUUAUUAUAUUACGGAUGUAUUAGUUAUCCUGCUUAUAGGCUUCAGUUUGUUUCUAUCAUUUCCACAAACACUAUACAACAUUCACAGAGCACAUUUAAAGAAAACACUGAAGAAUGAUUCUCUGUAUGAAGGACUGCUACCUCUUGUGUCACCUCUGUUGCUGUUCGUUCUUCUUACAGUCUGGGUGGUUUUAUCUCCAAGCAACAUAUUAGCAAAGCAACCCCGACUGUUUUUAUGGAUGGUUGGGGUUGCUUUCUCAAAUGUUAUUUGCAAGGUGAUCAUCUGCCAGAUGAGCAGCACGCGCCCGGAGCUGUUCCACUGGUUCCUGUUCCCGCUGGCGCUGGUGGUGUACGCGGCCAUCUCGGGGCUGCUGGGGCACGUGGAGGAAGCGGUUCUCGCUGUGUUCACCACCCUGGUCACGGCUGCCCACGUGCACUAUGGCGUCUGCGUGGGUAGGCAGCUGAGCGACCACUUGAACAUUUACAUCUUCUCCCUGAAGAAACGCGUCCAAGAGUGAACACCUGCACUACAAUCAGACUGUAACACUUGACAUGGAGAUUUGCGGCUCUUCUGAUGUGAUAAAUCAUUGGAAUGAAUCUGAUUAAAAUAACCAAAGAAUAGAAUAGUACAGAUAUCUGAACCACUCCAACAAUGAGCUAUGCAGCCAGAUGCCUCAUCUCCAAGGAAGAUGCCUGUCCAGCAGAGAACUUUACCAAGUUGUUCUGUUGAUAUUUAUUCUUUUUACGAAGCCAUGUUACUCGCCUCUCUUUUGUCUUCCUCUUCCUUACCACUGUGUCCAAAGUCCUGGAUAAAUGCAUGCUGGGUUACAUGAGAUCUUUGAUGGUUUAUAACCAGCACUGGUUUUACACAGCCUAGUCACCAGUGGGACCUCAGCAAUGCAAACCCUCCCUGUGCAUCCUUCCCACUCACACAUCUGUGCCUGCUUCAUUUGCCAUAUUUAAUUUUCUCACAGCUCACUUCUUCCACACAACCUCCUGAAAGGCUUAUGCACAUUUAGUCUUUUCCUCACCUCAUUUGAAUGUGUGAAGACAAGAGAAUGAGCUCAGAAAGCUAUGGGUACAGUAAAGUGUUUUUGAAAUGUACAGUUUUUUCCCCAUUCUCAGCACUGAGUCUCAGCUGACCUGUCAGAAAUGUAGGCUUAAUACAGCAGCAGCUGGCCCUUCUAUUUAUUUUCUAGUCAAUAACAAGCACAUUGUUUAUAUUUCAGUAGCAACAAACAAUAUAGCCUACAAAGGUAAACAGCUGAAAAUAAAUUUGGCCAGCAAACCUUCGAAGAUUUGCAUAUUUCUCUUCAAAGCUAGUUUCAGUCCAACAUCAUCUACCAGUGGAAAAUGCUAAACAAGUCAUUAUUUGCCUGUGUGCUUGAAGCAAAUUCUUGUGCUUUUGGGAAAUGCCAUAGGAAAAAGAAACAAGAAAUUUUUUUUAAACAUUACAUGUCUGCAUGCAGAUGUAAACUGCUCCUUUCAUCUAUAAUACACGUGGGUUUUCUGUGUGCCUUGGAAAGGGAGUAAGAAUUUGAGUUUCAUGUCUUUUCAUAUGCUGCCCUAGCCAGAGGGCUUUUGUGGCCUUGAAGCACUAAUUAAACAAUCUGUCCACUUCCCCAAGGUAAGCACAGAGGGAUGUGAUUGACAGCCUGGCACGUUUAUUAACUAUUUAACCAUCUCACUUGCCAGAAGCCAGGUGGAAGUGCAGUUUUUGAGCUGCUGAGCUGAGUCUUCAUCUUUUUUCAGUUCUUAGACCGUUUCUGCGGGUUUAUCACUAGCCUAGUGAUAUUAUUUUUGCACCCCCAGUUAACUUACCCUUACAUCAGUAGCUCCUAUUGAUAUUUUUAGCUGAGCCACUGGCAAGUUGUAUGAGCAGCUUCAGCUUAAGCUGGUACCACGUGUUACAGCAGUUGCCCUACCACAACACCAGCAGGGCUGAUUUCCCCAGGCAGCCCUUACCACAGGCACCAGGGGACAAGCCUGCACAUCAGCUUCCCUGCUCACAAAGCAGAAAUAUUGGAAAGUUCCUUCAGGUUUGAAAGAAUCCAUGUUCCACCUACCAAACAAGCACAUUGAGAGUCCCACUCCCCAAACAAACAUCAGGUGAGUCCCCGUUCAAGCAGUUCCAGGUGUGAGUCAGGCAGAGGGGACAGGUCGUGCUGUAAUGCAGAGUCAGAAGUUUUGCCAAGAGCCAGCCAGGGAAGGGAGGAUGCCCUUUGGCAUUGCUGUGGUCCAGCGCAUCUCCCAGGCAUCUCCCAGGCUUCCUCCCACCUGUGUGGCAGCCAUGCCCUUACACUGUGUGAUGCCCAGAGGACAUGGGGCAUCCACAGAGGUGUUCCCAACUGCCCAAGGACUCCCCUGGAGUAAUUCUGAAGUCUCUUUAUUUGAUGAGGUUUGCCAAAAAAGGUAGUUCUGACUGUAUUUGGGGAGGAGUGACAAGUUUGAUGUUGCUGCACGCACCCAGCAGUCUCAACAUUUGAUGAAGUUAAAUACUACAUCUAUACCUGAUACACUGCCACAAAAGUCUCACCUGCUUUUUAAGGGCACUUUGUAUUUCACCUUUCCAUCACAAGCAUUGAGGAAACUCUGGUGAGAAAAGAAUUGGGAUACAAUCAACAAAAAUAACUCCGAAUUGAAUGUGUUCAUGCAGGAGAAACUCUGUGGGCAGGCGUCCUUUUUCCAUCUGUCUUGCACUUAUUUAGGAAACAGCUGGAAAUAGGGGUCACAGAAGCAGUGCAAUCUGAUGCACUGGAAU